GGUGAAGGCGCGGAACCAGUAAGAGCCGCGGUUUCAAGAGCUUGGAGCGCGCGGGAAAGAGACCUUUUUAAACUCUGGCGGGAACAUCAUUUCCGGGUUCUUGUCCACUUGAGGUAUCUGCAGUUGGGGAGUCGGUGAAAAGUUGUCUCUUCCUGUGUGAACAUGGUGCGGACCAAAGCAAACUACGUCCCAGGAGCCUACAGAAAAGUGGUGGCUUCUCAAGCCCCCAGGAAGGUGCUUGGGUCCUCCUCCUUUGUCAACAAUUCUUCCUCAAGUUCGUCGAGAAAAGCUGAAAAUAAGUAUGCAGGAGGGAACCCAGUCUGUGUGCGCCCAACUCCCAAGUGGCAAAAAGGCAUCGGGGAAUUCUUCAGUCUGUCUCCUAAAGAUUCUAAGAAAGAGAACCAGAUUCCUGAAGAAGCAGGAAGCAGUGGCUUAGGAAAAGCAAAGAGAAACCCAAAACCUAGGGAACUUCUAGUUCAACAAGCAGCAAGCUGGACACUCGGAACCCCAACCACCAGGGGUAAGAGGAUGGCGGUCAGACUUUGUUUGGGACUGUUGCUGCUCCUUGCUCUGGCCCUCCCCAUGCAGGUCGAGUCAUUUGUCCCUUUAACCAGCACAUCGGGCCCUACCUACUAUGAAACAGAAGCCCCAUCUUCCAGCAAUACCCUAAAAGCUAUAGCCAAGCUCCUUGGGGUCUCGCUUACCUUUCUGUGCCUUAUCCAUUAGAGACUUAGGCCAGACCACAUUCUAAUAUUGGACCAAGUGGCACCUGCCCAUCCAGUGUUGCAAGGAAAACAAAACCAGGUCUUCAAAUCUACUCAGACCACUGGUUUUAAUAACUCAAGAAAUCCUGGAAGCUCAAGCUGGACUGCCUUGAAGAUCAUCUCAAAGGUUAAUUAGAUGGUGAAUACUAAUCUUGGAGUUUGACUUACAACAACAAAGA